AUGUCUUGGGUUAAAUUCAGGGUCCACCAGUAUGACAGCCUUAGCCACGCAGUCAAAGAUGAGGGCAUUCGUCGCGUGAGCCUCGGCUUGUCAGAUUUAAUUCUUUCCCUGCGCAAAAUGAAGUCAUCGCCGAGUCAGGAUUUGAUCAAGCGCUUCUUGGUACGCAAAGUGUGCAUGGGGCCGAACCAAGUCAUGAUGGUAGAAAAAGGACAAGGCAGCCGCGACAAUGCUCCUCCGUAUGCUGAUAUGGUGGUACUCCAAGGCGGCAAACUGAGCGUGUCCAGUAUCAAGUCGAAUGCCAAGAACUCGCAUGAUUGGACAGACUGCGGGUUUCUUGGGGGUUAG